AUGCGUAACAUGUCAAGUCUUGCAGAAACUACACCCAACACACAGCUUGAUUUGUUGCUUUCAAAGUUUGAAGAUUUGAAAUCGAAAAGACAAGAAACAAUUCGUUUAAAUAAGUUAGAAGUAUCAAAAGAUUUAAGACAACAAGAAUUAAGUUAUGCACGUUCAAAUAAUGGCUCAGUUGGCUCAACAUUGGAUUUAAGAGAUGAUUUGAGUGAGAAAGAAAAAUUAAUGGAAUAUACAAUUAAAGAAUGUGAAAGAUGGCAUGAGAAACAACAAAGAAAAGCAAAUACUGGAAUACAAGAUCAAAAUAAAUUAGCUGAAUCGUCUUAUUAUAAGGAAAUCAACGCAAUCGAAAUUGACAAGGAUGCUUACAGAUUACAAAAGGAACUACAACUGGAAGGCGCUAGCAAUGUUACAAGUAAAAGUACUAAAGAAGAAAUGAGUAGAUUGAUGAAGGAAUCAAAAGAUAGGAAAUUUAAUAAGAAAAAGAGAGAAAGAUUGGAUGACGAUGAGGAUGUUGGAAAUUAUAUCAAUGAAAAAAAUAAGCAGUUUAAUAUGAAGUUGAAUAGGCAAUACCAAUGA